AUGAGUCAAUUGAUAACUUAUAAUAGUGUCAAUGAUGGUGUUACAUCUCGACGUUAUACAGGUUAUCCACUGAACUCGACGUUAGUCAGUUCUUAUACUCCUGAUACAAUUCGGAGUAUUAUCAAUCAUGCAGCAGCCGGCCAACCUUACUCUACCGCCGUCUGGGUUCGUAUUAAUCGAGUGGGCAUACAAAUCAGUGCUCAAGAUCCUCAAAUUGCUCGAACACGUAUACCCGUUUUCAUUCCUAUCGGACUUGUACAUGAUAUUUAUAUGUUACCUAGUAUAAAUAACGUUAUCUGUAUCGUUUAUGAUGAGCUUCAAUCGAAUAUGAAAGGUGUAUUAUUGUAUGUGGUACAUCCUUCCGAUGCUCAAUUGCUACGUGAUGAUUUUCGUAUUGUUAAACAAGCUAAUAAUUCUCAACAAGCACCACUACAACAGCAACAGCAACCCUAUUCGAGCCCGUUUGAUAGUCUGUAUCCGCUGGAAAACCGUCAACCGUAUACACCAAUGCCGAGUAAAUCGCCAUUGUUGUAUGAACCUUAUCGUAAUAAUACGAAUAUUCGUCAACCAUCACCCCGUCGUAUUUUAUAUAAUCGGGAAAACGAAGCAAACAGAAAGCCUAACAUGACGCCAACAUUACUUUCGAUAACCCAUUCGCCAUAUAAAGGUAGCUAUCAUAGUGAUCGAGAAGAACAUUCUCAUCGACGACAUCGGAGUCCAAAAAAGCAGAAAAGUGGACAAUCGCCAUCGAAACGCUCAAAUGAUAGUGGAGUUAAACAACGAAAAUAUCGAUCGCGAUCACCAGAGAAACCAGUUAAAUCGAAAACGCCCGUUGCAAAUAAUAGUAUAGAUCUCACUCCAGAACAAUUGCAACAACAGCAGCAGCAACAAUUGCUUUUACAACAACAGCAAUUGGCUGCUUGGCAAGCAUCUCAACAGCAACAGAUGCCUUUGAUACCCAUAGGCAUUUACAAUCGCUACGUGCCAAAGACGAUUCCAUUGCCAACAGGUGAAACAUUGCGAACAGCACUACCACCUGCAAAUGUGGGACAGACAGGAAGUAAUGGCGCCGCCUUGGCGUAUAUCGAACCGCAGGACACUCCAAAGGGGAACAUAAGUAGUCGUACACCAUCACGUUCACGUUCGAAUUCUCCUCGUCGUCUUCAUGAUCAUCAACAGAACCGUUCAGUCAGCGCUCAACAUUCAUCAGGCGGUCUAGCAAGUCGUCAUCAUCAACAUCACCGACGUCAACGCACAAAUGGUAACGCAUACGUUAUUACACGUGGUGAAUCAGCUGCACACGAUAAUUCAUCUCAACCAUCACGUUCACGAUCGAAAUAUACUUCGUCGGCAAAUCAAAAUUACAAUUCAAGUGAUAAUGAAGAUGAUACGAAGCAAUAUUUGAAAAUGCUAAUUGAUGAAAUGCAAGCAAUGAAAUUAGAAAUGAACAGAAUGCGACAAUUAGCCGUCAGUGCUCCGAAAGGACGUUCCGAUUCGAUACAUGCCGAUAUAAAAGAUCUCCGUACACAUAUUGAUAUGAUUCGAGCACGUAUAGCGAUGACGCCAAGAGUUGCCGAUAAAUAA